AUGGAUAACCCGAAAUCACCACGUUACCUUCCGUCUUGUGACCAACUUGAACUUGUGCAGCGGAGAAUUCUAGAGUCCAUGGGAAAGUCUUCUUUGAAGCAGCAAUCUUCACAGCAACAGUCAGCCCGCCCUCAUCCGCAAGAUAACAAUGUCCUUGCAUCCAAGGACUUCUCAGCUACAAAGCCUUCUUUCGAGGAAAUCCGAGGGAACAUUAAUAAGCCCUCGGUUUCACUUCCCGGCAGUUCUCAUGGCAGCAAAGAUUCUAGCGAGAAGGGUGAGGCUUCGGCAGCAGGGGAAGCGCAAAUGGAUGGUGGAUGUAUUCUCUCGAAACCCGAUGAUGAAGAGUUCUUCCAUGGAUUGUUUGAGCGAGAUUUCGGGUCUACGCCCACUGUCAAGAUCCCACACAACCAUACUCCCAUCUAUAACGGUAAUCCUUCCAAGUCGCCAAUGUCUCCAUUGCAGAAGUCGCGCAAAACUCCUCGGCUUUGGGUGCAAGCCCCUCAGACUAUCAACGCGUUUGACCCGUUUGAUCCAUCCGGUAAAGAAUUCGUUAAUGUAGAGGGGAAACGGUUUAUUCCAGUUCACCUUCCGGGAGGGAAAGAAUGUGAGGUUUUGUGUAAGGUUCCGGAGGGGAAACAUCGCAAAAAGUUCCCAGGCUCCCGUAAAAGUUCUGGAAAGUUCAAUAGUGGAAAUGGUGGGCAUAUGGGUCGUGGUAGCAGCAUGGGCAAAAGGGUGGCAGAACCAGUACAAUAA